AUGUCGGAUCCAAUAGCAAAUGACACAGAACAUAUUACAUAUUCGAUAACUGAUGAACAAGGGAAGGUUGCUCUCCUGUUAAUGUUGAUUGAAAGUUCAGCAUCAUUGAUUGCAACUACAUUCGGAAUUUCAGUAUUUUUUUAUAUAAGAUAUGCAUAUCCCCGAUUAGUCGAUAGAGUUACAUUUCGACUUGCAUUGGGUACAAUAGUAUCAGACUUUGGUAUUGCUGGAGCUCAAUUAAUCGGUUCGAUGUUUGCAUCCCCAACCGGCCCAGCAUGUACAAUCGCUAUCUGGGGAACUGUAUUUUUUAGUCUUGUAUCAAUUUUUUUGCCUACCUGUAUUGCUCUGAAUCUGCAAAUAGUGUUCAUUCAUGGGUACAGGGGUAGACUUAAAUUAGAAAUGUUUUAUUUCGUAGGUUCGCUCGCUUUAGCCUCAAUUCUAUCAUUAAUUCCGUUCGCCGAUAACAUGUAUGGUUGGGAUGAACCCGAAGCUAUGUGCUGGUUCCGUGACUCGGGUACAAAAUUGAGUAUUACAUGGCAAUGGGCAUCAUUCUAUAUCUGGGAGAUACUUUGUAUAUUAUAUUGUUUAAUAACAUUGAUUUGUGUUGCGGUGAAAUUAUACAAGAAUCAAUCAGUAAACGCCAAUAUUAGUGGUCAAACAGCAACAAGCAAACACGAUAAGAAUGUUUUAAGGAAUAAGGCCAUUAUAUCAUUAGUGGUUAAAAAGGUUAUAUGGUAUCCUGUUGUGCCUAUAAUAACUCAGUUACCAAAUUUUUUAGUUGAAACUGAUAUUUAUGUUAACCAGAGGAUCAAUUAUGUAUUUUUAAUACUGUCUAUUACCAAUGCAUUUCAAGGUUUUCUCAAUACCAUAGUAUUUAUGCAAGAUAUCGCGGUUUCUAGAGCUUAUAGCUUAACGAAAUUAAAAUGGUGGUAUAAUCACGUUAAUAAAUAUGAAGAGUCAUAUCCCCAUUUAUCACGUAAUAAAGCAAUAGAUUCGGCUGAUCAUGAAGUAAAAGAUGAACAGCAGAAACAAAGUCAGCAGCAACCUUCUUUUGGCGAAAAAUUACGAUAUAAUUUGUUAACCUUAUUGUUUAGUAAACCAAAAGGAGAUGAAAUAUUGAUUGAAUAUGAUCAAUAUAUGACGGUAAAAGAUGACGAGGAAUUGUUGUCAACAACGCAAACAAUGAAUGAUAAAAAUGAUGGUGAUGCAAAGGUAAAGGAUGAUGAGGGUACUCUGGGUCAACUUAAUAAAAAUGUUUUAUGCAAAAUGUAA